UUUCCCCUCCCUUCCUCCCUCCCUUCCUCCCUUCCUCCCUUUCUCCCUCCCUCCCUUUUUUCUCUAUGCAGUGCAGGUGCGAAUUCCCGGCAAUCUUCUGCCUCAGAUUUCCAAGCGCUAAGACCGCAGGCCUGCACAAUGCCUGGCCCAAAAAGCAAGCUUUUCACAGCGCCUGGAAACUGCUCUUCUCUCCACCUUUCUGCAACAACUGCAGCAUUCCCACCGCACCCUCCCUCCCAGGCUUACUGCCCUGGGACCGGCAGGUCUGUCCUCGCCCCGCCACAGUUCCCUGUGUGCUGGACACCCAUUCUCUGAGUCUGCUGGUCCUGGGCGUGGUCCCCAGCGCUCCCUUGGGGACCCUUUCAGGCCUCGCCCCGCCGCGGAGCGAGCCCCCUUCCCAGUUCGCGCGUUCCGCGCCUCCUCGCCCCUCCCCCGGGGCGACCCGUGCCUAGUGAAGCUGCGGGCCCCAGGCUCCAGCGUCCCCAGGGUCUGCUGCCGCCUGGGCAUCCAAGUCUUGGGCGGCGAGGGGCGGAGUUGGAGCCUGCGCUGUAGGUAUCCAGUGGUACCCAGGAGGAUGAAGCAGGUAGGGCGGCAGGGAUGAUGGUGCAGAUGCUGCGCCGCAAGGAUGAUGGUGAGGAACCUGUGGGAGGAAAAGGGAUGUAUGGAUCUCAGGGCCUGGGGCUGCACUGGGCCCCCGUGGUCAGGAGGAUGGGGAAGGCCUCGCAUUUCUAAGGGCCAGCAAGCGCCUAACACAGGGAAGAGAGCAGAGACAGGCCCAGGAAGGGAGGGUGCUUGCUCAUGAUGGCUGAGUGUACGCUGCGUGAGAACCUGCUAUUUGCUCCUGGUGUCCCCCAGGCCCUGGUGGACGAUACUGAGGAUGUGUCCCUGGACUUUGGCAACGAAGAGGAGCUGGCCUUUAGGAAGGCCAAGAUCAGGCACCCACUGGCCACCUUCUUCCACCUGUUUUUCCGAGUGAGUGCCAUCGUCACCUACGUGAGCUGUGACUGGUUUAGCAGAAGCUUUGUGGGCUGCUUUGUCACUGUGCUUCUCCUCCUGUCCUUCGACUUCUGGUCUGUGAAGAAUGUAACUGGAAGACUCAUGGUGGGUCUUCGAUGGUGGAACCAGAUAGAUGAGGAUGGGAAAAGCCACUGGAUUUUUGAAGCCAGAAAGGUCUCUCCAAACCACAUGGCCACAGAGGCGGAAGCGCGCAUCUUCUGGCUUGGCCUCAUCAUCUGCCCAGUGAUCUGGAUCAUGUUCUUCUUCAGCACCUUGUUCUCCUUGAAGCUCAAGUGGCUGGCGCUUGUGAUUGCUGGGAUCUCACUUCAAGCUGCAAACCUCUAUGGCUACAUCCUGUGUAAGAUGGGGGGCGAGGGGGACAUCAGCAAGGUGGCCUCCAGCUUUCUGUCCCAGACGGUGUUCCAGACAGCUUACUUAUCAACUGAGGCUGAAACAGCUCUAACAGGAGUCCUUUGAGGCAGUGAGUCCCCAGUCCUUGGAUUCCAGGAAGCAGGCCUAGAGGGGCAUAUUCCAGGAGGCAUUUUUAUUUGACAAGGGCAUGUGUGUACCUGUGGACAAUGAUUAAAGUGUCUCUGUGGAAGCAACUUCCAA